AUGAUGAAAUUUCUGGCUCCAAGCUUGGACCUACUGUCUCAGUCUGUGAGGCAUGUGCCAAUGAAAGUAGUAGUCAUAUCAAUGAUGGUGAUCAUGACCUUGAAAAUGAAACCAGACUACGAGGACAAUGAGAAUGAAGAUGGUGAUGGUGAUCAAAUUAGUGAUGAAAAUGAUGGAGACAAUCAAGUUGUUCCUCUAUCAUCUACACCUUUGGCUCCACCUUUGGUCUCAAGUUCUUCUAGCAUUUAA